AAACAUAUUUUUAGUUGAGGAGCAAGGACAGGCGGAAGUCGGGUGCACGCUGUUCACCGCAAAAGACGAACGUCAGCUGUUAAAAUCCUAAUUGUUGUUUGUUUUGGAUGAGCGGGGAGCGAGGACCCUCACCUCAAUCACGUGACGGCGAAGGUGCGUGGAGGUGGGCGUGUCCUCGCGAGACUGCCUGGCGCUCACCUGGGUCGCCGUGAACAGUCCGAGUGGUCGAGCGCUGCUCUUUGACGCGCCGCCUGAUUUAUACUCGUAAGGUGGACGAGCUCAUGGCUUCACCUCUGAGAGCGGGGUUCCACAGGCUGGAAAUCCAGAAAACUACAUGGGAUGUUCCUGACCGAUACACCUCACUCAAGCCCGUUGGCUCUGGAGCUUAUGGGACAGUGUGCUUUGCAAUUGACCAGAAGACAAAGGAAAAGGUAGCCAUUAAAAAGCUGUACAGACCAUUCCAGUCUCUGAUCCACGCUAAACGUGCCUUUAGAGAACUCCGGCUGCUCCGUCACAUCCAGCACGACAACGUGAUCUGCCUGCUUAAUGUCUUCACCCCCGAUUUCACACUGGAGAAAUUCGAUACUUUCUAUAUGGUGAUGCCGUUUGUCGCUCAGGAUCUUGGGCACAUAAUGAAGAAGAAACAGUUAACCACCAAAGUCAUCAUUUACCUGUUCUAUCAGAUACUGCGAGGACUCAAGUAUAUCCAUUCUGCUGGGAUCAUUCAUCGGGAUCUUAAGCCUAACAACCUUGCAGUGGAUGAAAACUGUGAAUUAAAGAUCCUGGACUUCGGACUGGCGAGACACACUGAAACCGAAAUGACGGGCUAUGUUGUGACACGCUGGUACAGAGCCCCUGAAGUCAUUUUCAACUGGAUGCAUUAUACUCAAACAGUUGAUGUUUGGUCUGCUGGCUGCAUCCUGGCUGAGAUGAUAACAGGAGACGUGCUUUUCCCGGGAAGUGACAGCAUUGACCAGUUGAAGAAGAUCCUCAGCAUGACCGGCACACCAAGCUCAACGCUUGUUCAGAAAAUGCAAAGCAAAGAUGCACAAUCAUAUGUCCGCUCACUUCCAGUACAAAGGAAAAAGGCCUUCAAAGAGUUAUUUUCUGAUAUGGAUCCUAAUGCCAUCGACCUGUUAGAAGGCAUGCUGGUUUUAGACCCAGAGGUCAGACUUACUGCAAAAAGCAGCCUUUCGCAUCCAUAUCUUUCUGAAUUCCAUGAUCCUGAAAACGAGCCUGUGUCUCCCGCAUACGAUGAUUCCUUUGAGAGUCUGGAUCUGGCUGUCAGCGAAUGGAAGAGUCUUAUCCACAUGGAGAUCAUGACAUUCGACCCAGACAACCCCAGGGUGACUGCAACAUGAUACCUCAUAUUCACAUCCGGAGAACGCCACUCCAAAGAAUUCAAGACACUGAUGAGCUAUUGUUUGCUUUUGUCAAAUGCCAUUGGCUAGAUGUGUUUAAACACAGUUAUCGAACACAGUUCAAUAGAUAUUAUCCUUUUUUUGUUACUAAACAUUAACUGAAUACAUAUUGACAGCGUCUAAGUGUGUAAAACAGCUUUUACGGUGAGGAAAGAUAAAAGUGUAAAAUAAAUAAAUGAUUUUUGUGGA